CACGUUUAGCAACGGUCAGUCGCUAAAGAAAAAAACAGCCGCUUCCGUGUUGUUCUGGUGUUAUUUUGGUUAAUAACAGUCGUUAGCAGGGUCCGGGCUCGUCUGACGGUCUCGCCGGAGUGUGACUAUCAUGGUUUUGUGAAGCUGACAGACAGUUUCAGCCUUUUUCCCCCCGAAAUGUCGCUGCUACAGAGCUCAAAGAAAAAAGACAAGCGUAUUUUGUCUGGUACCUGCCCAGACCCGAAAUGUCAGGCGAGGCUGUUCUUCCCCGCUCACGGCUCCGUUAGCAUCGAGUGCACCGAGUGUGGUCAACGCCACGAACAGAAGAACCUGUUAAAUGUCGAAGAAGUGACCGAUCCGGAUGUUGUGCUUCACAAUCUGCUCAGAAACGCCCUGCUCGGCGUCACCGGGGCCCCGAAGAAAGGGACCGAGCUGGUGAAGGUAAUGGGGCUUUCUAAUUACCACUGCAAGCUCCUGUCCCCGGUCCUGACCAGGUACGGCAUGGAUAAACAAACCGGCAAAGCCAAGCUGCUGAGGGAGAUGAACCAAGGUGAGAUGUUUGACUGCUCUCUCCUGGGAGACAGGGCUUUCCUGAUCGAGCCGGACCAUGUGUCCACCAUGGGCUACGGCAAGGACCGGUCAGGAAGCCUCAUAUACCUCCACGACACCCUGGAGGAGGUUAAGAAAGCCAACGGGAACAGAGAGUGUCUCAUCCCGGUCCAUGUAGAUGGAGACGGGCACUGCCUGGUCCACGCUGUGUCCAGAGCGCUGGUGGGCAGAGAACUGUUCUGGCACGCCUUGAGAGAGAAUCUCAAACAGAACUUCAAGCAGAACCUGGACCGCUACAAGGCCCUGUUUCAGGACUUUAUCGACGCCGCAGAGUGGGAGGACAUCAUCAAUGAGUGCGACCCCCUGUUCAUCCCACCUGAAGGCGUGCCGCUUGGACUGCGCAACAUCCACAUAUUUGGCUUAGCCAAUGUCCUCCACCGACCCAUAAUCCUGCUGGACUCCCUGAGCGGAAUGAGGAGCUCUGGGGAUUAUUCAGCCACCUUCCUGCCUGGGCUGGUGCCUGAGGAGCAGUGCCGGGGCAAAGACGGGAAGCCCAACAAACCCAUCUGUAUCGCCUGGAGCAGCUCCGGCAGGAACCACUACAUCCCUCUGGUGGGAAUCAAGAACACGGUGUUGCCCAAACUGCCGGCCCGCCUCCUGCCGAAGGCCUGGGGUGUCCCCCAGGAGCUCAUCAGGAAGUACAUCAAGCUGGAGCCGGACGGGAGCUGCGUGAUCGGCGGCGACCGCAGCUUGCAGGAUAAAUAUCUGAUGAGGCUGGUCAACGCCAUGGAGGAGGUGUUCAUGGAGAAGCACAGCAUCCACCCGUCGCUGGUGGCUGAUGUGCACCAGUACGUGUACAGGCGGACCGGCGUGAUCGGCAUCCAGCCUGAGGAGGUGACUGAGGCAGCUAAGAAGUCGGUGAUGGAGAACCGGCUGCACCGCUGCCUGAUCUGCGGCGCCCUCUCUGAGCUCCACGUCCCUCCAGAGUGGCUGGUUCCUGGUGGGAAGCUCUACAACUUGGCCAAGUCCACACACGGCCAGCUACGGCCAGACAAGAACUACAGCUUCCCCCUCAACAACGUGGUCUGCUCUUAUGACCCCCAGAGAGAUGUCCUCGUCCCAGAUUACAAACUGAGCUCCCUCAACACCUGCAACUGGUGUCACGGCACGUCAGUCCGCCACAUCCGCGGCAACGGGUCUGUGGUUUACCUGGACGGGGACAGAACCAACACCCGCUCCCAGGGGGGGAAGUGUGGAUGUGGCUUCAAGCAUUACUGGGAGGGGAAGGAAUAUGACAACCUCCCCGAGGCCUUCCCCAUCACGCUGGAGUGGGGGGGUCGGGUGGUGCGAGAGACUGUGUACUGGUUCCAGUAUGAGACGGACACAACCCUGAACAGCAAUGUGUAUGACGUGGCCAUGAAACUGGUCACCAAGCACUUCCCAGGAGAGUUUGGCAGCGAGAUCCUGGUGCAGAAAGUGGUCAACACCAUCCUGCAUCACACCGCCAAGAAGAACCCGGACGAGUACAACCCAGUGUCCAUCGACGGGGCUCAUGUCCAGCGUCUCACCGACACCACAGAGACUCAGCAGGUGGCCGACCCCCAGCCACCCACUAAGAUCAUCCUGACCGGUCAGAAAGCGAAGACGCUCCACAAAGAGGAGCUGACGAUGAGCCGAGCCGAGCGCAGCAUCCAGCAGAGCAUCAGCGAGCAGGCCUUCGUCACUCAGAAGCGACGGACUGACAAGCUGAAGCAGGAGCAGAAAGGCCACGGCCGGACGUCCUCCCCCGGCGGGUCUCCAGAAACCUCCUCCUCCUCUGCUCCGGCCACGCCCACAAAAUCCUCCUCCCCCUCCUCAUCCCACAAGGAGAAGAAGAUCCGCGUGACCACCAGUGACGGCAGGCAGGCCAUGCUGACCCUGCAGGCCCACACCACCUUCUCAGAGCUGCAGAGGAGCAUCACCAACCAGUUUGGCGUGCCGCCGGCGCAGCAGUGCAUCCGCUACGGCUUCCCGCCCAAAGAGCUGGUCCCCCCGAAGGAUGGCGAGGAGAACGAGCCCGUGGCGCUGCAGCAUGGUGACAGGGUUACCGUGGAGAUACUGAGGGGCCCCGAGGACAAGAGCCCCGCGGCCUCCAUCCCUCGAGCCUCCAGCUCGCACUCCGCCCUGCACUCGGUAAAGAGCGAGGACGCCGUGACGUCCGGCAGGAUGAGCAGCCGCGAACUCCAGGACAGCAUUGACCUUGAGAUGUCCUCCCUCUGUCUCCUAGCAACCUUGAUGGGUGAGGACGUUUGGUCGUACGCAAAGAAGCUGCCGCACUUAUUCCAGCAGGGUGGCGUCUUCUACAACAUUGUCAAGAAAGACAUGGGUCUGAUGGAUGGGAAACACUGCACGCUGCCUCACCUGACGGGGAAAACGUUUGUGUAUAACGCAGCAGAGGAGCGUCUGGAGCUCUGCGUAGACACCGCCGGUCACUUCCCUGUCGGCCCCGAUGUGGAGGAGCUGGUGAAGGAGGCGCUGGUGCAGCUGCGCUCGGAGGCGGCCACCAGGGGCAGCAGAGAGGGGAGUCCGUCGCACGGCGUGCUGCGGCUGGGCAGCGGCGGUGUCGUCCGCAAGAAGGAGCAGCUGCAGAGCGUCACCGCCUUCCAGGGUAAAGGUCACUCUCUGGGCAGUGCCGGUAGCUCCUCCCCUCCUGAACACCGGCCUAUCACACGCCAGCACAGCAGCGGCGUGGACCUGAGCGCCAGCGUGUCCAGGGGCCCCCCAGACCUGUCGGACAUCCCUGAGGAUGCCACCAGGGAACUGGUCCGCAUGGCGCCGGGCUUUGUCACCAUGAAGGACGGUCGUGGUCUGGACCCCAGCCUGAUGGAGCAGCAGCGGAGGAAACUGCAGGAGAUGGUCUCCUCCAUCCAGGCCUCCAUGGAGCGCCACCUGAGAGAGCAGCAGAGCGCUGCCGCCGCAGGGGGCGGGGUCAGCCAGGAGCGGACAGGCGGGACUAAGACGGGCGCAAGCCAACCAACACCUCCAGCCAGCCACGAACCUCCGGCUGCAGCAGGUUCCUCCUCGGCUGGAAAACCAGACGGGAAGGCAGAGGAACCGGAGGAGAUGGAGAGCCAGGACGCCGGGCAGAGCAACGCCACCGAACCCAUGGAUCACUCCUGAUCGCUCCUGACGCCCAGCACCGCCCCGCCCCCACCCCGCCUGGCCAGCAUCUGUGGGUCAUAACGCCUCAGGUCGGAUCCUAAAGCUUUGGUCUUCAUCGUGUUUCGUUGUCUUUACUGCAUGACUAAAGAGCGGGCCGACCGUCCUCGCCCCCCUGCAGACUGGGGGGUGGGACAUUAAUCAAUAAGGCGAUAUAUUGUGACACGUUGUCUGUGAUACAUCAUUGAUCCUCUCACACCAACAUCACAGUUCUGUUGCAAUACUGAAGCUGCUGCUGUGUGUGUUUAAACUCUAUGCACUUUGGUACACACUCUCAUCUCCGCUGUCUACACGACUGUCAAACUACAUAAUGCACUAAAUAUUAAACACAGCUUGUGAUUGAUUCCCCCGUUUGAAAGGAAUUGUUUUGCUUUUUAAGAUAAGUUUUUCUCUGCAGUUGAUGAUGUAUCAUAAAUAACUGUCUUACAAUAUAUCGCAGUCGCCUGCGCCGUGACAGGAUUGUAUCUUUAGUCCUGUGGUUCCCACCUGCAGACGUCUAAUCCUCUCGCUAUAAACACGCACCGAUACUCGUGUGUGAGACGCAUUCCUGUAGAUAGAGAAAUCCUCUGAGUCUUAAUCUGCCACCAGGAGGAGAGCUGCUGGUCGUCGGCAGCGCAACGUCCUGCAAACAUGCUUCCGUCAAAGUGCACGCUCUGAGAGGUGCACCAGCCUCUGCUACGCAUCAACGCCUUCAUCACUGAAAUCUGCUUCUCCACCGUCCGUCUGUCUGUCUGAGGACCGCAGGGAGAACUCUGGAUCUGUGUUUGCUUGACCGUCUGACCCCCUGACAGGACAGUUUAUCUCCCACCCCCAAAAAAUGAAUUUGACACAGAGUCAGUGAUGUGAAGCACCUGAGUCCAGACCAACCUGCACCACCCACAGGUGAGUAGCAGCUGCUGCAGCUUUCACUCUCACACCUGCAGGUAAAGAGUGACACUGUGUUCAUUUCCUACAUCUAAACCUCUAAAAUGCUUUGUUUACUGAUUAAUGCAGUGCAGCGUCAUGUGUCCACAGACUGUUACACAUACAUUCAGGAUCUGAACUGUCAGCGUUAAAAUCCCAACUAUAUGUUUGAAGUCAUUUAGAAACAGACGGCACUGACGGGUUCUUAAACGUCCUUUAAAGCACAUUAAGUGCUCACAGACACUUUAUAGCCACAUUUUAAUUCUUCUUCUUAUGAAGAAUAUUUGUUAAUGACGUGUUUUAUGUUUAAAAAAAACAUUUGGCCAAUAAUGAAAUAAUCACAGUUUGGGUUAUUAGCCUUAAAGAGACAGGGUUGGUCGAGCUGUAGUUGUAAUUACAGAGGCCAAACAAACAUGAUUAAGCUGAUUUAGUUUUGUCUUUUAUUCAGAAUAUUUCAACUGUAAACUUUGGUUUUAUUAAAAUCUGGAAUGUAUUUAGCAGAACAGUUCACAGUUAUAAUUAGUAAUAUUAAGACAUCAUCCUCGUGUGAAGCUCAGAUCAGGUGUCAAGGGAAAUAAAUGAGACAUUUCUAAAAUCAUCAGGAAACACUUUGUGUUUUACAGUCAUGUUGUUAAAAUUGACGCUCCACUGUUUGUAUGAAAACCACACACACACACACACUCACUCACUGAUUGUAACCUGCACGUGGCUCAGUUUAAGUUUCAGGUGUGUGAAGGUGGUGCAGGUGUGUUGAACCAAUGAUGAGGAAGCAGCUGUAUCAGGUGCUUCACAUCCAAACACUGAUGAAACGAGUGGACUCAUGAGUCAGCACACUCUGGAUGACUAAAUGGCCAAAUAUCAUAUUUUACUAUUUCUACAAAAAUAUCACCCACUUCUCCCUUAAAUGGAAGUUGUUGAAGAAGCAGCCAGUGGAAUCACGAAUGAAGACUCCUGUUAAAGCUUCACGUUUCAUUUCUUCUUCUUUACAAACGGUCACAUUUCUCCUCUGUUCAACACGCAGCCCUGACAUAAGACCUCAUGGAACAGUUAUGAUGUGGGUAAUCAAUAAAUAUUGAUCACAAACUGUAGGUCAGUGUGAUAGUAUACUAAACAUGUUGGUUUAAAAACACAGUGGAGUAAUAACAUUCAUUUCUUGAGAGGCCGGUCAGAGGGACAGAGGAGGACUGUGACCGAUCACUGGCUCAGUCGUCGCUUUAUGUUUGAAACGUCUCGUUUAAAAAGUAGAAUGCGGCCAAAGAUGAAGCAGCUUAAACUGAAACCAGUUUAUUAACAGGAGGUUUGUGCCAGACUUUAUUCCUCUGAAACAACAGGACUGAAAGUCACUUUACACUUUGGUUGCCAACAAAACAUUUUUCCAUGUUUCCAUGUUGCUCUUGAAAUGACAUGGUGAUGGAACUGAUCAUCAGGCCUUAAAAUCAGUUUGUUUUACACUGAGGUUUUUUUCUGUUUUACUUCUAACUGUCCGUUUAACCUCAGACUCCAUUUAUUUCAUCUUAAAUCUUUCCUAGUGAAAUCUCAGUUUGAACUUUUUGUUUUCUGCUCUGAGUGAAAUCUCAGUCUCAGCCUGUGAAUCACAGUCCUUCAGUUUUUCAGCUCUCUGAGGUUUAUUUUGCCGUUGAGGUGAACAGAUGUAAGACAUAGCACUUUGUUUGAGAAAAAGAGGGAAUGUUAGUGUAGCAGCUUGGUCUUAGCUGAACCUGAAUCGUCAGUCAGUCAGAGAGGAAACCGGUCGGUCGGACAGGAGGAGGAAAAGUUUGCUCAGACGACACUGCUGUAACAGACUUGAAGUUUUUCUUUGUGACUGCUGUACUAAUGACAUGAAUUGUAAUCCAGUUGUAUAAUAGUAUAUAUUGUAGAAUAUUUGGACCUGUACAGAAACUACAGAAACACAGAUUGUUCAGUUCCUUCAGCUCUUUUUUUUUGUUAACUUCUCUCUGGUUUGCUAAUAAAAUAUUGAUGAUACACGGCUUCGACAUCGCUGUUUGCAUGUGUGAUGAAUUUUCAACCCCAACAAUAAAAUCACUUCCUUCA